AUGACAGGCAAUACUGCCUUUUCGUUUACUACGGACGGCUGGACGACGAGAGCCGUGCAAAGUUAUAUGUCUUUGACUGUCUAUUAUGUAACGACGGAUUUCGAAUUGAAAAAUUUUAUGUUAAGUUUGGAACAUGUUCCGGAGAAACAUACGUUUAAAUACUUACAAAGCAUGAUAUUGAAUUGCUUGCAGUCUUGGCAUUUCGAUGUAACGAAGUAUGCGUUUUUUACGACCGAUAAUGGGCGCAAUAUUGCAAAAGCAAUAAAUACAUACAGUAAUUGGACCAGAAUUCCAUGUUUUGGCCAUUGCCUGCAAUUGGCGAUUAGAUCGGCCAUGAGAAAUUUUACAAAAUAUACGGAAUUAAGAAAAAAAUGCCGUGCUAUUGUCACAUUUUUUUCAAAAUCCACAACUGCGAAAGAAAAAUUAGUUACGGUACAGAAACGUAUCAACAAUGACGGUACUCCACUACAGUUAAUACAGGAAGUGGACACAAGGUGGAAUUCCACCUACGAAAUGUUUGCAAGAUUUUUGCGCUUGCAAGAAAGCUUAAACAUAAUUUUAUGCGAAGAAGGGACACCAGAUAACUUGAAUGUGGAGGAAUGGAGUUUUCUACAGACGGUAACGCUGGUACUAGAACCGUUUAAAGACGCAACGGAGGACCUCAGCGGAGAAUUAUACCCGACAAUCUCCACAUAUUACCCAAUUUAUUUUGCCUUGCUGCACGUUCUGGAGGAAUUGACGGGCGAUUCAACAGUAUUAAAUAUUUCGAACAGUCUUCGAAACACAUUAAAAGAAAGAUUUCAGCCAAUUAUUGAAAAUAAUUAUAUUUACAUAUUCAGAAUGAUGCUGGAUCCCAGAUUUAAAGAUUAUUUGUUAGAUCAUGCUGAAAAGCACGAAAUGCAUAAAAUGUUCAGUGAUAGAAUUGCACUCUUAGAAAAUGGUAACACGUUCAAUAGGAACAUCUGGAGGCAACAGGAUGAUAACCUUCCAAGUUGUAGGACAAGUGGUACCAAAAAAUCGAAAUUAUUAGCGUUCUUCGACAGAACCUUAGGUAACCCUGAAAUGGAGGUCAAGUCGUUCACAACAAGGAAGAACCAAGAAAUCCGUGAAUAUUUUAAAGAAUCUAUUGUACCGCGAGGGACACAUAUUAUAGAUUGGUGGAAGCAGAAUCAGGCACGAUUUCCCAUAUUGUCGCAAGCGGCUAGAAAUUGCCUUAGUAUACCAGCGACACAAGUCAAAAGUGAACGUUUAUUCUCCACAGCUAGAAAUGUAGUCGUACAAUCACGAGCACGGUUAUUACCGGCUAAUGUGCAAGAACUAUGUUUUCUGCACGGUAAUUUAAAAUAA